GGAGAAGACAGAAAAGGGGAGAGACGAGAAAGAGGCUGUCUGGCGAACUGUCCUGAGGCAUCUAUCACGUGUCCAUCGGCAUCUAUUCAUCAGCUCACGUUUGUUCAAGCCACAACAUGAGCAUCGUCACAUCGCCCCACAACGGUAGGGCCGCCCUGCUGAUUCCCCUGCUGAUUCCCCUCGAUGACUCCUCUCGUCACGAUCGCGCUGCUCUGCCGGAUCUGCCAGAGGCCAAAAAGGUGAGACCGGGAAAACAGGCCAAUGCGUCCAUCCUUUGUGCUCAUUCCGUGUGUUCUUUUGCUGCUUACAGCCCGGCUGGAUCAACUUCUGUGCGCUCGUCGUGACCCACCAGCUGUGGUACUUCGUUCCGCUGCUGUUUGCCGUGGUCCCUUCGUCCGCUGUGGCGUGGGUGGGCCUGUCUCUCGCGGCAACUUGCUGUAUAGCGGCGUGCGAGUGGUCGUACUGCAAGGGGAUGGCCGUUGUGGCGGCGUCAUGCGGUGCAUACUUCCCCCCAACGGCAAGGCGGCGUGCUACGCGGCAAGCCACAUCAUAACAUUGCUGUGGACAAAUGCUCUACUCAACUACCUUCCCUACCAUUGUGAUAGUCUUUCUGUGGUUUCCCUGGUGGUUUUGGCUCUGGCCGCUGUGUGUCUGCGGUGCGGUCGCUGUGUCGUUUCGUGUGACGAGGCUCCACGCGAGCGUGAACUCUCCCUUGAGGAGGCAAUGGAAGUAGUGCGUGUAGAGGCGAUUCAAGUGGCGAAGAUUCAAGAGGCGAAGAACGCCGUGUACCGUGUGGCCGACUGGUGUGUCGUUCUGCCACUACUGUGCAUGUCAUUGUUGGCCGGUCAGAUGCUGAUCUGGUGGAUCUACAUGGGAAUCUUUCUCUUCGCUGAGCUGGUUCGGUGCUGUCGUGGUCUGUGUGAUGACACGAUUUCUCAGUAGCUGACUGCACGGGCACGGGAUCGCGCAAUCGGCGCGCUGCACGGAGGUCUUCUACGGGUUGUGUUGCAUGCCAUGAGACGGAUGAGGUGUUGUGUGAGGUAGGUAGCUAUAGGUGGUGUGUGAAGAUCCUCUGUCAAGACAUGUACGCAUCCAUUGUGUACACGAACAAUGCAUCUCUACAUGGAUCGUGUAUACGUACCGUGUUGCUGCAUGUUGCUGUCGUUCAUGUCGGAGAGAUCUGACGUGAGGGCGAAGUAGAGAGUACGUUGGACGAUCAUGAACCAGUUCCUUUGUUUGAUGAAAUUGAU